AUGUUGAUGGAUCAUCCCAGGGAGUAUUAUGAGGGAGGCCGAGGACUCCACGCUCCGGGCAGAGACACGGCUCUGGGAUUAGGGAUUGCCACUUCCGAGAGGAUGCUGGGAAUCUGCAGGGGGAGACGGAAAUUCCUGGCUGCCUCGUUGACUCUUCUCUGCAUCCCAGCCAUCACCUGGCUUUACCUGUUUGCCGGGAGCUUCGAAGAUGGGAAGCCCGUGUCGCUGUCUCCGCUGGAGUCCCAGCCGCACAGUCCCCGGUACUCGGCCCCUGGCCAGCGGGAGCGUGAGAGCCUGGAGGUGCGGGUGCGUGAGGUGGAGGAGGAGAACCGAGCCCUCCGCAGGCAGCUCAGCCUGGCCCAGGGCAGGGCCCCAGCCCAUCGCCGUGGCAACCACUCCAAGACCUAUUCCAUGGAAGAGGGCACUGGGGACAGCGAGAACCUUCGAGCCGGCAUCGUGGCGGGCAACAGCUCCGAGUGUGGGCAGCAGCCAGUCGUGGAGAAAUGUGAGACGAUCCAUGUUGCUAUCGUCUGCGCGGGAUACAAUGCCAGCCGGGAUGUUGUCACCUUGGUCAAGUCUGUCCUGUUUCACAGGAGGAACCCUCUGCACUUCCACCUCAUCGCCGACUCCAUCGCCGAGCAGAUCCUGGCCACGCUCUUCCAGACCUGGAUGGUGCCCGCCGUGCGCGUGGACUUCUACAACGCAGACGAGCUCAAGUCUGAGGUUUCCUGGAUCCCCAACAAGCAUUACUCGGGGAUUUACGGCCUGAUGAAGCUGGUUCUGACCAAGACUCUCCCCGCCAACCUGGAGAGGGUCAUCGUCCUUGACACAGACAUCACCUUCGCCACGGACAUCGCGGAGCUGUGGGCUGUGUUCCACAAGUUCAAAGGCCAGCAGGUCCUGGGGUUGGUGGAGAACCAGAGCGACUGGUACCUGGGGAACCUGUGGAAGAAUCACCGCCCUUGGCCGGCCCUUGGAAGAGGCUACAAUACAGGGGUGAUCCUGCUGCUUCUGGACAAGCUGCGGAAGAUGAAAUGGGAGCAGAUGUGGAGGCUGACCGCCGAGAGAGAGCUGAUGGGCAUGCUGUCCACGUCCUUAGCGGACCAGGACAUUUUCAACGCCGUCAUCAAACAGAACCCCUUCCUUGUGUACCAGCUCCCCUGCUUCUGGAACGUGCAGCUGUCGGACCACACCCGCUCCGAGCAGUGCUACCGGGACGUGUCUGAUCUGAAGGUCAUCCACUGGAACUCCCCCAAGAAGCUCCGGGUGAAGAACAAGCACGUGGAGUUCUUCCGCAACCUCUACCUGACCUUCCUGGAGUACGACGGCAACCUGCUGCGGCGGGAGCUGUUCGGCUGCCCCAGCGAAGCCGAUGUCAACAGUGAGAACCUCCAGAAGCAGCUCUCGGAGCUGGAUGAGGACGACCUGUGUUACGAGUUCCGGCGAGAGCGCUUCACCGUCCACCGGACCCACCUGUACUUCCUGCACUACGAGUAUGAGCCGGCCACAGACAACACGGACGUCACCCUGGUCGCACAGCUCUCCAUGGACAGGCUCCAGAUGCUGGAGGCCAUCUGCAAGCACUGGGAGGGGCCCAUCAGCCUGGCCCUCUACCUGUCGGACGCCGAGGCCCAGCAGUUCCUUCGCUACGCACAGGGCUCCGAGGUGCUCAUGAGCCGUCACAACGUGGCCUAUCACAUCGUGUACAAGGAGGGCCAGUUCUACCCCGUGAACCUGCUGCGCAAUGUAGCCAUGAAGCAUGUGGGCACGCCCUACAUGUUCCUGUCCGACAUCGACUUCCUGCCCAUGUACGGGCUCUAUGAGUACCUCAGGAAGUCUGUCAUCCAGCUGGACCUCGCCAACACCAAGAAAGCGAUGAUCGUCCCCGCGUUCGAGACGCUGCGCUACCGGCUCUCCUUCCCCAAGUCCAAGGCGGAGCUGCUGUCGAUGCUGGACAUGGGGACACUCUUCACCUUCAGGUACCACGUCUGGACAAAAGGCCACGCACCCACGAACUUCGCCAAGUGGCGGACCGCCACCACGCCUUACCGGGUCGAGUGGGAAGCCGAUUUCGAGCCAUACGUGGUGGUGAGGCGGGACUGCCCCGAGUACGACCGGAGGUUUGUGGGCUUCGGCUGGAACAAGGUGGCUCACAUCAUGGAACUGGACGCACAGGAAUAUGAAUUCACCGUGCUCCCCAACGCCUACAUGAUCCACAUGCCUCACGCCCCCAGUUUCGACAUCACCAAGUUCCGGUCCAACAAGCAAUACCGCGUCUGUCUCAAAACCCUGAAGGAGGAGUUCCAGCAGGACAUGUCCCGCCGCUAUGGCUUUGCCGCCCUCAAAUAUCUCACGGCCGAGAACAACAGCUAG